AAAAAAUAAUUUGGUAUCUAAGAAUUAAAAAUUAGAGGAUACAUCUUAGAUGCGUCUCUAAGAACAUGAUAUCGAAUAUGAGGGUAGCACUAAUACCUUGCCAUUUUUGGGGUAUAAUGACUCCAUAAUUCUCUUCAGACAUUCUUUGUCCAACAAAAGAAGGGAUAAAAAAACAAAACAAAACAAUAACAUUAUAUACACAAGUCCCUUUUUUUUUUUUUUAAUUCUUUAACUGCUUUUGCUUUAGUUAGAAGGCCAAAAAACUGGAAGAAGAAUGCAGCUACAGGAACAAGAGGAUGCUGCUGUAGAUCUCACUUAACAGUUCACAUCCCCUCUUCACUUUGCUGACUAAGGGCAGCUUUGAUCAACUGACCGGGUCGUUUUAUGCAGAAGCCUUAAAGCAAAAACACCCUGCCCGUUGCCCCCUUUGUCUUGAGCUAAGAGAACGAGGAGCCCGCUUUCUCUCUUUCUCUCUCUCUCUCUCUCUUUCUAUCUAUAUGCUUGCUGCAUUGUCUUGUUCUACUUCAGAAUCUCUUCUCACUUCCACGCAUUAAAGUGUUGUCUCUCUCUCUCUUACAAGUUGGUGGCGCUUUCUUUCAUAUUUGUGGGACUUUGCCUCCAUGUUCUUACACUUUCUACUACUAGUGUAGCAAGAACACAUAGCAACGGAAGAGGAAACCAAGAAAACAUAUAAGGCAUUUUGCUCUCUAAUGUUGAGUUUCUCUAAUCAGCCUACCCUUGUUUCUCAGCUCUGAAUAGCGUGGAGAUAGGAGAAGGGGUUGCCAAACCAAUGAUAUUUUGCUCUUCAAUAUUCUGAGAAGUUUUGGGUGUGUAAAUAAUAUCAGUGUUUGAGGAGCUGUAUGAAUUUGAACUGCAAAAAUGAGAGAUGAGAAUUCCAAGAAAAGCAAGCUCUCAUGGUCAAAGAAAAUGGUCAGAAGGUUCUUUAGUAUCAUAAGCAAGACUGAGGAUUCCCAGGCAGAUGGUGUGGCGUAUGGAGGAGGUGACGUGGAAUACAGAAGCAGGAACAGCUUCUCUGAGAGAGAGCCACGCACAAUUAAAAAGGGCAAAACAGAGAAGUUUAGCAGGAGCACAGAUCAAGUCAGGCGAGCAAGAAUGAAUCUCGACCAUCCUAGAAUUAUAGAUGUGCAGAAUUAUAGCAUUUUUGUGGCUACAUGGAAUGUAGCUGGAAGAUCCCCACCAAGUGAUUUAAAUUUAGAUGAUUGGCUUAGUUUUUCACCACCGGCUGAUAUAUAUGUUCUUGGCUUUCAAGAAAUAGUUCCCUUGAAUGCUGGUAAUAUCUUAGGGGCUGAGGACAAUGGCCCUGCCAAAAAAUGGUUAGCUCUCAUCAGAAAGACUUUGAACAAUCUUCCUGGUACUAGUGGAAGCAGUGGAUGUUAUACACCAUCUCCCAUACCUCAGCCAGUUGCAGAGAUAAAUGCAGAUUUUGAGGGAUCAACUGGGCAGAAGAAUUCAUCUUUCUUCCAUAGGCGAUCAUUCCAAACAACUUCUAGUGGUGGUUGGGGAAUGGACAAUGAUCCUUCAGUUGUGCAGCCACGGUUAGAUCGAAGAUAUAGUGUUUGUGAUCGUGUGAUUUUUGGUCACAGGCCUAGUGACUUUGAUCCCAGUUUUAGAUGGGGUUAUAGGCCUAGUGACUAUUCCAGGGCAAGUGACUACUCAAGACCAAGUGACUACUCAAGAUGGGGUUCAUCUGAUGAUGAUAAUGCCCUUGGAGAUUCACCAAGCACAGUUUUAUUUUCACCAAUGUCUUAUGGUGGCGGUGGACCUGCCUCUAAUGAAGAUGGAUAUGGCAUGCCAAUACAUUCAAGGUACUGCCUUGUUGCAAGUAAGCAAAUGGUGGGAAUAUAUCUUACCAUAUGGGUGAGACGUAACCUGAAAGACCAUGUUCAAAAUAUGAAAGUAUCUUGUGUUGGAAGAGGAUUGAUGGGCUAUCUUGGAAAUAAGGGAUCCAUCUCAAUAAGUAUGUCUGUACAUGAAACAAGCUUUUGCUUUAUCUGUAGCCAUUUAACCUCAGGAGAGAAAGAGGGUGAUGAACUAAGAAGAAAUUCUGAUGUGAUGGAGAUUCUUAAAAAGACAAGGUUUCCUCGUGUUCAUGGUGUGGACAAUGACAAGUCUCCGCAGACAAUCCUGGAGCAUGAUCGAAUUAUAUGGCUUGGAGAUUUGAAUUAUCGGAUUGCUCUCACCUACCGUUCGGCUAAGGCACUUGUUGAGAUGCAUAAUUGGAGAGCACUGUUAGAGAAUGAUCAAUUGAAAAUAGAGCAGAAAAAAGGCCGCGUGUUUGUGGGAUGGAAUGAAGGAAAAAUAUAUUUUCCUCCAACAUACAAGUAUUCAACUAAUUCAGAUAGAUAUGCUGGAGAUGACAUGCACCUCAAGGAGAAAAAGAGAACACCUGCUUGGUGCGAUCGUAUUCUGUGGUAUGGAGAAGGUCUUCUUCAGUCAUGUUAUGUCCGCGGGGAAUCGAAGUUUUCAGACCACAGACCUGUUUAUGGCAUAUUUUGGGCUGAGGUUGAGUCAACUCAUGGCAGAUGGAAGAAAAGUAUGAGUUGUUCAAGUACCAGAAUUGAGGUGGAGGAACUUCUGCCAUAUUCCGGUGGAUACACUGAACUAAACUUCUUCUGAAGGAAGAGUGGAUAUGAGACAUGUUCAUCCUCAUUCAAUUACUGUUCAGCAAUUGGUCCCCCAUCACCAAGCUGGAGUUACUUUGAAGAAAUUCAUUCAUGGAGGGAGAUAGUGACAACCCAUUUCCCACAUACCGAAAAAGUUUAUAAUCUGUAGUUUUGGGCUACAGUCAUGCUUUGCCUAACACAUGAUCAGUACAGUACAUCAUCCUCAUCAUCUUGUUAGCUACUCACACACCAGCUUCAAUAAUGUGCAUAGUUUGAUACCCAAUUAACAAACAAACAACUUUCCAGUGUCUCAGCCCCGUUUGAUCCUUCACAGUCAGUAGGAAGUUGAAGAAGACCAUUUUUUUAUUCAAGAUUUUUUAGUUGUUCUUGGAGAAUAUUAAUGAUGGCUGAAUGAAGGUGGAAGCUCGUCAGAACAAUAGUUUAGGCACUAACUUUAUUUAUUUAUUUAUUU